AUGCCUCGGGGUCAUAAGCAUAAGCACCGCAUCCGUCAAAAACGUCCCCAGGCCAAAGAUGACACCCAAGAUUACAGGGAAACUCAAGGCAGUGCAGCAGUGAAAGAAGAGCCCCUGUUCUCUCCAUCUCCUGUUCUUGAGGAUAUUUCCCAGAGUUCACCUGCGGAAAGGUCAAGUAUCACUUCCCAGGAGCCUUGGAGAGUACCACCCAUUACUUCCUCAGGCAUAUUUAACACAAGACAGGAAAAAAGUAAUAACAGCCAAGAUGAGAAUUAUCCAUGUUCCUCGAAGAUCUCACCCUCUACUGAGAGCUCAUGCAGCAAUUCCUUCACUCUGACGGUGAAUUCAUUGCAGCAGUUCAUACUCUACAAGUGUAAAAUGAAACAACUCAUUACAAAGGAAGACAUGCUGAACUUUGUAACCCCAGCAUACCAAGACCAGUUUCCUGAGAUCUUCAGAAGAGCUUCGGAGCGCAUUGAAGUUGACUUUGCAGUUGAUGUGAAAGAAGUCGACUCGGUCCGUCACUCCUAUGACCUUGUCAGCAAGCUGAAACUCCCCAACAAGGGGAGGGUUCGUGCUGGCAGAGGGUUGCCCAAGACCGGCCUCCUGAUGAUUCUCCUGGGUGUGAUCUUCAUAAAAGGAAACUCUACCACUGAGGAAGCGCUUUGGAAAUUUCUGAAUAUGAUGGGAGUCCGUGCUGGAAGGAAGCACUACAUCUUUGGAGAGCCCAGGAAGCUCAUCACUCAAGAUUUUGUGAGGCUUAAGUACCUGGACUACCGCCGGGAGCCCAACAGUGAUCCUGCAUGCUACAUCUUUUUGUGGGGUCCAACAGCUUACGCUGAAACCAGCAAAAUGAAAGUGCUGGAAUAUUGGGCCAAGAUCAAUCAAACUGUUCCUAGUGCCUUCUCUAAGCAGUAUGAAGAAGCUUUGCAAGAUGAGGAAGAGAGCCCGGGCCAGAGUUGCAGCCAGGCCUGGCACUACUGCUAAGGCCAAGCCUGUCUCAAGGUCACAUUCAGUAUUCUCCCAUCAUUAGUGAAGACUGAAGCUUUUAAAAAUCCACACAAGAAAGUAUGA